CUCAUUCAUACCGUAAUAUUUUUAUAAGCUUUGUUAUAUUUUUCAUCAUGGAUCAUGCAACACUAGCAAUGAUACUUGCUAUUUGGUUUGUUGUUUUUCAUUUCAUUAAAAUGUUAUUCACUAGCCAAACUACCAAACUUCUUCCCCCCGGUCCUAAACCAUUGCCACUAAUCGGAAACAUCCUUGAAGUUGGUGAGAAACCUCACCAGUCAUUUGCUAAUCUUGCUAAGAUUCAUGGUCCAUUGAUAUCAUUACGUCUAGGAAGUGUCACAACUAUUGUUGUAUCCUCGGCUGAAGUAGCCAAAGAAAUGUUCUUAAAAAAAGACCACCCACUUUCUAACCGCACUGUUCCUAAUUCUGUCACUGCUGGGGAUCACCAUAAGCUGACUAUGUCGUGGUUGCCUGUUUCUCCAAAGUGGCGGAACUUUAGAAAAAUCACCGCCGUUCAUUUACUUUCUCCUCAAAGACUUGAUGCUUGCCAAACCCUAAGACAUGCCAAAGUGCAACAGCUUUUCCAAUAUGUACAAGAAUGUGCACAAAAAGGACAAGCUGUUGAUAUUGGCAAGGCAGCAUUUACAACCUCCCUUAAUUUGUUAUCAAAAUUAUUCUUUUCGGUCGAAUUAGCCCACCAUAAAUCCCAUACAUCUCAACAAUUCAAAGAACUUAUAUGGAAUAUUAUGGAAGAUAUUGGCAAACCUAACUACGCUGAUUAUUUUCCAAUCUUAGGAUGCUUAGACCCAUCAGGAAUUCGACGUCGAUUGGCGUCUAAUUUUGACAAGUUGAUUGCAGUUUUUCAAAGCAUAAUAUGUCAAAGGAUUGGCAACGGCCAGGAUUCUGCUUCGACGAAGACGACCGAUGAUGUGCUAGACAUUCUUCUUGACCUCCACAAACAAAAAGAGCUCAGUAUGGGCGAGAUAAAUCAUCUGCUCGUGGAUAUUUUUGAUGCUGGGACUGACACUACAUCAAGUACUUUUGAAUGGGUAAUGGCAGAGUUAAUUCGAAAUCCUAAGAUGAUGGAAAAAGCUCAAGAAGAAAUUGAGCAAGUCUUGGGCAAGGAUAGACAAAUUCAAGAAUCAGACAUUAUUAAGCUACCUUACUUACAAGCCAUUAUCAAAGAAACAUUGCGGCUACACCCACCAACUGUAUUUCUCUUGCCUCGUAAAGCUGAUAGUGAUGUUGAAUUAUAUGGCUAUGUUGUGCCGAAAGAUGCACAAAUACUUGUUAAUUUAUGGGCCAUUGGAAGAGACCCUCAAGCGUGGGUGAAACCUGACGUGUUUUUACCUGAGAGGUUUUUAGGAUCCGAAAUUGAUGUGAAAGGAAGAGAUUUUGGACUCUUACCUUUUGGAGCUGGAAGGAGAAUAUGCCCCGGGAUGAAUUUGGCUAUUAGAAUGUUAACUUUGAUGUUAGCUACGCUUCUUCAAUUCUUCAAUUGGAAGCUUGAAGAAGGUAUGAAAGCAGAAGAUCUAGACAUGGAUGAGAAAUUUGGGAUUGCCUUACAAAAGACUAAACCUCUUCAGAUUAUUCCCGUUCUUAGGUAUUGAUCAUUAUCAAAUGCCUGCAUAUUUAUACCGUUAUAUGUUUUCGUUAGUAAAUUCAUUCAUUUUGUAAUUGUUUAAGUUUUCUCCAAUUGUUCAUGUUUGUUUGAUCUUCCAUUCAAUGCAAUUUUAAGGUGGUACUAGAGAUCAAGUUUAUGUACGUUAGCUCAUAUGCUAUUUUUUUGUAAUCUAUGUUUACGUAUAACUUGUUCGUACAAGUUUGUCAUCAAUUGUUAGAUUUUUUUUUAGUGAUUUCAGUUGUUUUUAUUUUUACUGUUCAUAGUAUAACGAGCUAGUACUCCGUAAUAAUUAAACUUCUCAGCUCCUUCUUCAUUU